AUGGAUAAAGCCACUUCAGUACACCUGUGCCUUGGGACAUUAACUUUCCUGUUUAUGAUCUCCAUGCAGUCAGCUCAAGGGAAACCUUAUUUAGUGCAAGAAAAUGAACUGUUUUCAGAGAAAGAAGAUGUAAAUCCCCAAGACAUGCUCCUGACGCUCCUCCUUAAUAAACACCUACCCCUAAGAAGACCCUCACAUAUUGAGAUGGAAUUGGAGAGCAAGUUAGAGCAACUGGAACAGCUGGAAAAACUGAAAGAACAGCUUUUGGAAGAUAAGACUGGAGAUAUGUCAUAUGCCAUAGACAGGCUAUCACCAUCACAUCCAAAGAAACGAGCCUGUUUUUGGAAAUAUUGCGUGUGAAGAAGAAUACCUAACAGCAGAGAGAAAGAGAGAGUGUGUAUGCAUUACAAUUCUUAUCAGAGCGCUUGUCAUAUAGACCAAAGGGAAAAUCAACAACACUCAAGAACUAUGAAGUUAUUUUUUUAAGCAAUGUUUGUCAUUUCAUUGUGUAUAUUGGUGUUUAUCUACACAUGACGCAUUAUUGUGCUACUGAUUUCACCAAGCUUUGUGGGAUUUGCAAUGCAUUAAAAAUAAACCAUCUAUUAGAAUUUAUAAUCUGAAUUUAUUACUGUGUUUCUGAAUAUCAGAUGUAGUUACAUUACCCACUGUCAUUAUGAGGCCAUGGGGGUGAUGUAUCAAUCCUUGGAGAGAAAUAAAGUGGAUUCAGAAAAAGUACCAGCCAAUCA